UGUAAGAGCGUAUCGUACGUGUCUUUAGCUAAAAAAACUUUCAGAAGGAUUUUCUCUCUUUCUCUAACAACUCUAAGAAUCAAUGUCGACGAAGACGAAGAACUUCAGAAGGAAAAGAACUCACGAAGACGAAGAAGAUGAAGAAUCUAAGAAGAAACAGUCCAAAGAAGAAGAAGAGGAUGAAGAAGAAAGUAGAUUGGCAUUAGAGGAAAUUAAAUUUCUUCAGAAACAAAGGGAGAGGAAAUCAGGGAUUCCAGCCUUACCGAGUUUACAGACAGAUAGUGUUGCUCCAAAGCAAAGUGAAAAAAGUAAUGAAGGAGGAGAUGGAGAGGAAGACUUGGUUUUACAAGAUACAUUUGCUCAGGAAACUGCUGUAUUGGAUGAAGAUCCAAAUAUGGUAAAGUAUAUUGAACAAGAAAUGGCAAAGAAUAAGGGGAAGCAAAUUGAGGAUGUUGAUAAAGUUGAGAAUGAUUUAAAACGUGCUGAGGAUGAAUUAUAUGUUAUUCCGGACCAUCUUAAGGUGAAAAAGAGGAACUCAGAAGAAAGCUCUACUCAGUGGACUACUGGGAUAGCGGAAGUUCAGCUUCCCAUUGAAUACAAAUUGAGGAAUAUUGAAGAAACAGAGGCUGCCAAAAAGCUUUUGCAGGAAAAGAGGCUGGCUGGCCGGUCGAAGACAGAGUCGAGCAUCCCCGCAAGUUAUAGUGCAGAUUUUUUCCAACGUGGCAAGGACUAUGCAGAAAAACUUCGGAAAGAACAUCCAGAGCUGUACAAGGAUAAAAGCACACAGGAUAAUGAUGCUAGUACAAAACCUACGGACACGGCUAAUACAGAUGCAGCAGGUCGGAGGCAAGCUGCAACAGAUCAAUUCAUGCUUGAGCGAUUCCGUAGACGAGAACGCCAACGUGGUAUGCGGAGAUAGCUCAUAUGUGGGUUUCGUCUUUCGAGUUGCCUGCCCCGUCACACCCUUAAUUUCAUGGGCUGACAAUGGUUUCUCGAUCUACUGCUCGCAGUGCUUAGUAUAAAAGCUAUACAGUAAACAGAUCUCUCAAAUGGGUUAACAUGGAUUUGAUAGCGUUUCCUUGAUAUUCUAUCUGGAUAGUGCUGCUUUCCCGCCGUACAGGCAUCACCGAUCAAAAUCAGUGAGUAUAUGGAAGCUGACCAUUGGAGGAUGUGGAACUCGUGGUAAUGCCUAGUUGUGUACGGAUGGUGCUUGUACUGCAUUUCACGUUAUAUUCCCUAUAUUCUUUUGUUUUUGUUAUUUUCUUUUUUAGUCUGAAUGGCUAGUUCCAUUAACCGUCUAGUUUCUUUUUAGGUUUUAAUCUGUAUUAUUCUGUAUUGUGGAUUGAUUACAUUGAAUAUAUUCCCUUGUAAUGGAAGGAUCUUAAUUAGCCAUUUCUGUA